AUGGGUGUCUCAUACAAAGGUACUUAUUUCUGGAACGUUCAUAAGGUGCAAGUUUGUGUCUCAUGGAACACACCCAGUCCCAUCACCGUGAAUGCAGAUGAGGCUGGAAAGACGAUUGCCGGUAUACACCGCCCGGCAGUAUAUCACCGAUUCAUCGCCGGAAAAGGCGCUAUUCCCGAAUGA